CUUUCUUUUAAGAUAUUUUCAGUGCCUUUCAAAAAAACGCUUUAAAGUCAUUGCUAUUUCAAACUGACGUUUUGACUAUGCGUGGGAGAGGAAGCCGCCAAAAAUUCCGUUAGAAGCGUCCGCGUUUUCAAAGUGUCAAUCAAAACAAGAGUUAAAUUGAAGCAAUCCGUUGUACUUGUCUUCAGUUGAAACUAACCGCCUGCAGAGCGUUAAUAGUGAGCUGGUAAUUUGAACAUUUUUCUCCUCGAAAUGGACAAAAUACUCCUUUUGCUUGGUUUUGUAGCUCUCUUUGGCCUGGUCCAAAGCUAUACCCUGCGAGAUAUCCUACGAGAGCGAGGUAAACAUGUAUGUUUAACUAUCUUCAACGCAACAAUAAGUUGCUUUGCUCGUUGGCAAUGGUUAUUCUUCACUCGAACUGUGCAAACAUCAGCAAACGUGUACGGAAGGGAUAAACGUUCCAGCGAAAAACGUUUCUGAUUUUUUAAAUUUACGACAAAAUCACAAGUUAAUUGCACGCGUGCCUUUGCUAUAAUAUAGUUAAAGAAUUAUGGCAUAUUCGGAACUUCUAGAUCUAACUAACCAUUUCCGUAAAUAAUCCAUGGAUAUCUAAUGUUUCAAAUAAUUUGGCCCACUGUGAGUUUUUCCCAGCGAGUUCGACUUUCAGUAUCAAUAAUCAUAAUACAGUUAUUGUGCACACAACUACAGGAGAAAUCGUUGGCAUCAUUUGCUACGGUGAAAAAUGAAAUAAAAAAAAACAUUUCUGAUCGUGUGGGAAAAUUAGAUAUCGACACCAGGCAAUUAGGGUUUUUUUUUCACUUGCAAUUGGCACAGCCCCAAAUACAGCUGACAGGCAGCAAUUCACCAUAAACCAAACAUUAUCACGGAUUUUUUCACGGGCUUGGUUACAGCUUGAAUGUUUCAAUCUCUUACCCAAACUUCGCCAAAAAUUCGUGGCGUCUAUUUUUUCAAUUCUUUCAUUUACUUCGUAUAAUUAUCCUUAUGUAGUAAUAUCAUGAAAAACACAUAUUUUAGUGAUCGCUUUCAAAGAGGUUCGUUCGUCUUUGUUGUUCCUUUCGAACGAAGUUUCCUUCAAAAGUGCACUGUAAUUUUUAAUUUUUUUUUUUUUUUAACAGCUUUGAGACGCUACGACGCAUAUGAUAAAAAUGAGUAUCUCGGCGCUAAAUACCGGAGGGAAUACGAUGCGUUAAGAGCUAGAGGUAUUGUUAAGUGAUUACUUCAAUUAAUCUGUUAUUACUUAACUUCACUGACUGAUUGAGAGACACGCUCUUUCGCCACUUCGUUCUUUCUCUCAUUUAAAUCAUUCACAAUCAUAAUCUCAUCCUCUCCCUCUCGGAAGAAAUUCAACUUUAAAAUUAACAUUUGAAUUUUUCCCUGCAGCUUUGAGGACCCUGCGUGAAUUUCAUCUGAGGCGCAUGUUCGACGCAAAUUUCAGAAUGGACGAAGGUAUUGUUUGUGUUUAAAUUUUUCUUCUGUUAAACGACUCAGAGACUACUUAUUGGGGAAUUUCGUGUGUCCGCAGACAGGAAUUCCAGAAAGUUAAAAAUCCUUUGGGUUUUGAACUGCUUUGGUCUGAAAUAGGGACUGGAUUUUCACCAUUAUGGUAUAAAAUCGGGCUGUGUUCUAACAAGAGCCACAAAAGCAUUUGAUCGUCGGAAAUGCAUCAACACCCGUUUCCUAAUUCAGAAAAACAUUUCUCCGCAAUCACGUGUGAAUGUCAACACGAGCUGAAAAUAUAAUACAACUCUUCUCUCUAACAGAGCAAAGAUCAUAGUAACGCUUUUCCGGUCUCUUUGUGUCACGCAACAAACUGAGCUACUGAAUAAAGGGGUUAAGUUUCUGGAGAAACUGUGGUGAUACGUCGGUGGGAGAGUAUAACAGGGUAAUUUGGUAUUAUCUACUGAAAUGAUAAUAUUAAAUCAAACUGAGCUAUUGUCUACGGCAAUGAGUAUAUUUGUCUUUUCAACCCCGAAUGCGGUGAUAGAGGUAAUGAAGUAACCAGACAAUCAUACGAGCUGAAUUUUUGGGUGAAUUGUACGAAUAUUUAUCACUAGGCUUAACCACGCGUCAAUGUUGCGUUUAUGCGUUGUGAAUUCGCUAACCUUGCCAACUUUUAGGGGACAGACCAUUAAACAGAUGUAAAAAAUGACAUGUCUAGCUUGUUCAAGGCAUUCGGUCUGUGAAACAAAGCGCAAUAGAAGCGGCUUGGCGAAAAAACGAGGGAGGUCUGGGACCCAAACCUGCUUCCUUUUUACGUUUCACUGCUACUGUGGCGCCGUUCGUUUGUUCUCUCCGUUUUACUGACUGCACGCCUCGAUCUGAAGUAGAGUCAAGAUGUGGAGUAGGCUCGUACCCAGAUCCCCUCUGAGCUGUAACUGAAAUGCUCGGCCGUGAAAGGUUUGGGUACGAGAUAGGUAUGGUAAGCCGAGGGGUACACCUCUAAAGGUUUCCCUACCCUUCCCUUGCCCGACCCUUCCGCUUUCAGGAGUCUCUCUCAGGUGAGCGCCUCUGUACUGUGCUUGUCUUUUUAUUACAGACUGCAGGGAUGAUAACGAGCACUGCGCAGACGUCAUCAAAGAGUAUAAAAGCGAGUCAUAUGAUUAUUGUAAAGACACGGAUGAAAGUAUUCAGGAGUAUGUCAAGGCACAUUGCAGACUAUCCUGCGGUUUCUGUGAGUAGAUGGUGAAGAUCAAUAUGUGUAACAUCAUGAUAAUUAAUAAUGGUAAUAGGACCGAGUGGAAUCUAUUUCGGUCCGUAAUCAUACGAGUUAUUGACAGAAGCAAACGACUGCGAAGCGGGGAUCCAACUUGUCAAUCUUGAGUAUGAUUACAGACCGAAUUUGACAACACAUGUAAAGUUCUAUCACCAGUUACUCAUAAAAGCGCCAAUUUCUGAAAACAACGAAUACAUUUUGGAAAAAUAUAUUUGGUAGAGACAAUGCCUAAAGUAAAAAAUUCCUCAAUUUUGGGUAUUUCACAGUUUUUUUUAAGGAUAAGUGGUUGUUUUUAUAGUUAUUGUGAUCAGUUAUGUGACUGGUGGAUUUGGCUGAAGAACGAAGUAUGAUUGGCUGCUACAGGUGUCCGAUUACAGUCAACUGUCCUAUUACAACUGCUCAUAAUGAUAAGUGAAGAAUAAAGCAGCUAAUCCACCAAUUACAUUUAGGGAAUUUGUACUGGUUAUGAUUUAAAUGUGUACUUCAUGUUACAGUCGUUCUUUAAGUUUUAAGUUCCUAUGCUCACGCCUUCCCUAUGGGGCUUUAUAUUAACAAAUCAGCCAAACCUCUGGUAUCCGGUCACUUCGCCGCAUGGUCAGACCGCUCCAAGUCAGUUCGCCCCAGACAAAAGUGACUUCACUCCAUGACAUAAUUUAGUGUUAAGUGCAUAUAUGCUUUCUUCGAUUGGAAUGAAAACCACGUGUAAUGUGCGAACUUAUGUUGAUUCAAGCUUGUUUUUUGGCACAACACAGGGAACGCGCGAACUUAACCUUUCAAACUUGUUUAUUUUAAAAAGUUGAAUGCCACCUUUACUGAGCUUUUUGUGUCAUUUUACAAGGUUCUUUAUCACUCUUGCAUUAGUGAACUUACAGCGAAACGCCCUGAACUGCUAAGUCCAACCUUGGUAAUCAAGACUGUAUUGUUGUUGUUGUUUUCUUGUCACGCGUGUUGCCCACGCGUGAUGUGCAGACAAAUGUUGAUUUAAAGGCGAGACUUCAGUAAUUAAUUAGUGAGCAAAAAUUGCUCUAAUCAUUCAAUCCUUACGCGUUUUUCCCAAAUAGAAAAUCGCGAUCAAAGGGAUCUGUCUUUGUUUUACGAGGAAUCAUAACAGCAUUGAGCUCCAAUCGCAACUUAAUCAAAGAAGCCAAAAUUUCAAUGACAUGUCUGCAAAGAGUUUGCUUGCCGAAAUCCAGUAAGAGCGCGUCAAUAAGGCCUCCAAUGGGACGGUUGUCUCCGUUAGAAACAUUGUGCUUGUGGAACGGGAAUCCCCCAUACGUCUCGCCUUAUUUCUGGCGGGAAACUUAAGAGAAUCCAACGUCCAACGACAGCAAGCACCGCGAGCUGUAGACCAAACUGUUUUGCGACGAGUGCAAGGCCAAAGAACGUUCAGCCAAAUGGUUGCUGAAAGCAAUGUUCAUAUCUCGAUGGAACGGUAGAAUAGGCAAAUAAAACAACAAAAAAACAGACGGCAGCUUUAGGAGCCAUCAAAUAAAAUGAUAGCAAUGAUCGCCAAUGGAAUGAAUAGAAUACACAUUCAGGGUAAACAACCUCACAAACAAAUAAAAUGAGAGAAGGGACUUAACAGAGAAAAACAGUUGAAGCUUUUCACAAUUAUAUCUUUUGAGAAAACAAAAAAAACUUGAAACAUAAUUUGAUUGAAAUGUAAAAUCUUACUACGCGCGAAGAGUUGUCAUGAAACUCUUACACACACAUUUACAUUAAUUAGUUCGUAGAGAUGAACUUGUGUACGUUAAGAGAUUGACGCCGUGAAGUCUCAAAAUAUGAAUCGUGCGUGUGCGUUGGUUGUCAUGGCAAGUUUUCAACCAAUCACGCGAGGUAAAAGUGGUAUGAUGAGGUUAUUAUGUCGUCUUCUCGUAAGCAAAACUAUAGGGCCGUUCGCGAUGCCAAGUUAAUCUAAGAAAGACGCUUGAAGUAUUCCUCCAACGAAAAACGCAGCUUUUUGGGAAUGAAAACGUACAAAAUCCAUGUUAAGGAAAGUUAAAACGAAUAGAGGCUGAAAUGACAUAGGCUCGGACUUCUCAAACAGUCGAUCAUCGACAUGACAAAAAGUUCACGCCAACAUUUCAACAUUUUUUUACAUGGAGCGGAUUAACUUCUAUUGCGGAGCGAUCUAACUUUGGUUGGAGCGAAGUGACCAGGGGCUUUUGGAUUUCUCAAUCCGUCCCUCUGUUGUCAUGACCUUGAUUUAAAAGAGGUGAUACUUUUGGGAGUUGAAUUUGAAUUCAAUACUAUUGAAUUAAUUAAAAAGAUUAACUGACACAGAGUUUUUCAAGGAAGAUUUCAUGGAUAGAAGCAUCCUUCCUACUUGAUCAGCUUUAAACUGAUUUCAAGAGCAACUCCAAGAAACAUUUGAUUGAGAAAAAUUAAGUCAAAUUGACAGAGAUCGGAAUAUGAAAAGAAGUACACAAGCCAUGUCCUUCGAUAGAAUCGGCGAAAUUUGGUUCUCAGUUUUAUUCUUUGUUUUAUAGGUGUUGGUUCUGCCCCAACGAAAGCCCCAAACCCAGGAGGGAGUCGUGGUAAGUACUUCAGCUUUAUCCAAUUAUGAUUUAUGGCAGAGGAGUUUUUUUUUGGAACGAAAAAAAUUACGCACACGGUGCAGCCUCGAGGGAUCGGGCCUUUUCCGAUAUGCCCUGAGCCUCUGUUCGAAAACGAAGCCGAUAAUGAAUCAUUUGGGUACUUUUUGAGCACAGACAUUUUUGUGGCCAUUGUUACACUUGCUAAAACAAUGGCUUUCAAUUUGGGUGACCUCUCGUUGCUUUGGGCUUCCACUCGCGACCCUGAAAAAUUAUUUUAUUCUCGUGAAGUUUUUUCCCACUUUGGAAUUGGAAGGAUGGUUCAACCCUUUACGCCCUAACAUCAGUAUGCAUAUUCUCUACACUGUUCUUUAUAUAUUUGUUAAGGUGCUGACAAGGAGAAUUUGUUUGCUAAUCAAAAGGCUACUUUCCUAGGGACCAUUUCCUUUAUUCUCAUGUCCUUAAUGUGUGAUUCAAGAGUGAUAUUGUAGGAAGAAAUUAGAUGCUAGUCACCCUUAGAGUUUAAAGGGUUAAAGCUUUUGAACCACAACCAUUAUUCUCUUAUUCCCUUUUCGCGGGAACUGCACCAGUGAGCCUCGACUUGAUGCGCUGGACCAAGUUAUCUUCGCUCGUGUUUAGAUGUAUGGGAUGUGAACGAUUGUCAUGUGAAUGUCACCUUUGACGCAUACGUUUUACCUCAACUAAUUUUUUUUUCAUUUUCUUUUCUCAUUUUAGUGUGCGAAAAUGAGCUUGACAAGAUAUAUCCAGCUCAAAGAUAUUGUACCCGAUAUGAAUCUUUUUGCAAGGAUGGUGCAAUUAAAUACUACAUGGGGAAAUACUGCUACGCCACAUGUCAUCGUAAGUAUCCAUAGCAUCCUUGAGAACUUCCAAAUUCAAAUGUCAUCGAGAGGCGCAAACUCGUUCCCAGAAUCACUUAUCCAGCCCCCAAGACGGGAGUGGCAGGAAGAGUGGCGCUGGGAACAAGGUUGCUUAACACAAUUAUUUUAUUAUUUUUUUGAUAAAGCACCCAACCUCAAAUAUCGGAAACUGCUGCUUAUAAGCUUCCCGCCCCCGCCCCCACUUACCUCCGAAAAGUAGCCUCGCCUCCCGAUAUAAGCAUCUCUCUAAAUUUUCUUGUUCUUUUAGAGAAAGAACAAAACAAUGCUCUUUCAGGCGCAAGAUCUGUACCUCACUCCCAGAUUUUUGCGCGUUGCGCUGGCAUCGAUAUUUUUUGUUUGUUUUUCGCAAUUUUUUUGUUUUGUUUUGUUUUGUUUUGUUUUGUUUUUGUUGUUGUUGUUAUUGUUGACUUGUGCGACGGAUUUCGCCGGAAAGGAUUGACUGCUAAUAGUAUACCAAGAGAGAAAACGGAAAAAGCGAACAGCCGAAUGUGCUUGCGCGUUAACGCAAUUUGGUAAUAUUUGGUUUCUCGUUGUGCCAAGCUUCCCUUUUUAUGAAUGAUGAAGGAAUCAGAACCACCAUUUCACUAAAGAAGGAACAAAAACCCAGCGAGUUCAUCCAAAGGGAAGCGCGUAAACGCACUCUACCUUCUCUUGACUAAAAUGCCUUUUUAAAAUUUCCUUUUCACUGUCAUAGGGUCCUGAUCAACUUUAACGUUUGUGUUAAACUAUCAACAGAUACAAAGUUGCCUAAAAUUACAAAUACAUCCCGUAUGCCCUCGAAAUUUUUUACAGAUGUUCUGAAACUUUUUAUCUUGUUUCAGCAUUAGAUUGUCCCAGGGAUCUGUAUUAAGGUGCUGACGCAGAAUGGCUGGUAGGUACGUAUUCGUGGGAUGUCACGCAAAGAACCCCUAAAGUAAAGUUCUUCCGAGGAGAGCAUUCCGUGACAUUACUAAAAACGGCUGCGAAGUAUAUCAAGAUCGUCAUAGAUUCCUUUACUUAAAUCUUCAAAUAUUUGAAUACAAACACUUCGCCAGAGCAUUUAAAUUUUGGAAACUUCCUGAUUGAGGUAAACCUCGUAUAAGUUUGGACUUUUGUGAAAACUUGGAUGGAUAAAAAAAACAAAAAACGCGUGGAUGAAAAUCCAUAAAUUGCAAAUACGAAAAGGCCUAUAAGGAAACUAUAGCUAUGAGGAAAGAACCCCAUGGUUAGAGCAAUUAAACUGUUCAGGAAGCUCCAAAAAUUUUAGACACGAAACACUGACUUUUUCUCUCUUCUCAUUUUUAAAUUUCAGAUUUACUUGGCGACGAUACAAGAGCAGAUUACAUUAACUUUACUUUCAAGCCAGUUACGCAGAAUUCGGAUUCCGUUUACGCGUAAUUAAAAAAAAAAAAGAAAAGUCUAACUUGUUUCCAGGAUCCCUUUUCUCUUCCUCCUGCUGAGCGGAGAGAGGGACUGGCUGAAGGUUAGAAGAGGAACCCUGGAAACGAAUCGGGCUGGUACUUCAGGGGAAUCUAGAGCAUUAUUGAAAGCUUUGGAAUGGAACGAUGGACUCGGUUUGGUUUCACGCAGAAUUCGAACCGUGUAAUUGUGGUUUAUGUCUCUAUGACCUCCUGAAGGUUCAGUGAAUGUAGAAAUUUGAAUUAGUUUACGCAAUGUAGCAAUUUGUUUUAGGCGUCUGAAAGUUGAUUUUUAAUAUGAAAUUUAAAUGUAAACACGAAUAAGGCAUUUUUACAACUUCCAUU